AUGGAACUAACCGAAGAUAAACUGGAGGCGGUAGGAGCCCGGAAUGGAAGGAAGAGAGUAUUGCAGUGCACCGCAAUGCAGAUAUUCAUUCUGUUCAUUGUGUUCUGCGUCUUCACUGCGUCAUUGUGUCUUCUAGUAUACUACAUUCCAGACCGGUCAAGCAUUGAUGGCACUCAAUCACCAUUACUGCCAUUUACCACUCCGCAAAAGACCCAACUACCUACUUCACUACCCGUCAAUACGAAUUCCCAAUCCACCGGCGAGUAUAUCACAGCCAAGCCUACAUACACCGAUCAGAUUGGUCGUCUGCCCAGACUCGUUCAGCCUCGUCGUUACUUAUUGAACAUUCGACCGUUUCUCUACGAAGAUGACGUCAAGUAUUCUUUGCUGAAUCGUUCGUCAACGUUUGAUGGUUGGGUUCGUAUUGAGAUUGAAUGCAUGGAAUCUACGAAUGAGAUAACUCUCCAUGCAGACCCAACCCUAACACUAAACGCAUCACCCACCGUCGUAGGAUUGGACACCUCUAAUGAUGACGAUGUACUGGAUAGUUUUUCUCUUGUUCCUCAGUACCAUUUCCUGGUACUUCGACUGGUACACAAUCUUCAACCUCGCAAACAUUACGAAGUUUAUAUACAAUAUUCAGGAUUAAUGGAAGGAACAACGGGGUUUUAUGUCAGUGAAUAUAAGAACAAGAAAGGCGAGAAAAGAUUGACAGGUACAACCCAGAUGGAAGGAACGUAUGCUCGUCGUACUUUACCUUGUUUCGAUGAACCAUAUUUCAAAGCAUCAUUUGAUGUUGAGAUUGAGCAUCGUAGUGAUAUGAUUGCAUUGUCUAAUGGUAUGGAGUUGAGUACGGUUGAGCUGGAUGACCACUGGUCACGGACCGUCUUCAAGAGAGUUGCCGCAAUGCCUACAUUCCUACUUGCGAUGGUCAUCCAUGAUUUCCAGAAUAUCAGUGUAGUUAACGACGAUGGGUGCCUGAUCAGAGUGUGGAUGCAACCUGACUUCAUGGAAGAUGCUGACGUCGCUCUGAAUAAAUCAAAGAUGAUUCAAGAAUACUUCGCUUCCUUGUUGGAUAUGAAAUACUCACUGGACAAAUUAGAUCACGUGGGAGUGAAGGCCAUGGCGGGUGCAAUGGAGAACUGGGGGUUAAUCAUAUACAACGAAAGAAAACUCCGUGGUGCUGAUAAUCAAUUCAUCACACAUGAACUUGGGCACCAGUAUGAAAAGUUUCCCUCGGUAACGAUGAGUAAGGCCAUGAGUUCGGAUGCUAUGUCUCCUGUUAGACGCGCACUCAAAUCUCCCGUGUCGUGGGAGCGAGACUCUGUUGAAUCUCAGUUCGUGUCGCUUUCCUACACCAAGGUACGCAACGGUCAUGACCGGUCAGUAACUAGUAAAAGCUUAUUGGGAUUCUCCAUUGACGGAAUGUUAGCUUUGCUCUGA